AUGCAGAACCAGAUGAUUAGGCCACUUGUUGAGAGAGGCACAGGCACACAGCCCCUGCGGAAAACGGGCGCCAUGGCCAAGUUCACGUGCAUCGCCCCUGAUCCAUCGGAUUCUUGGCAAGCGGCUUUCGGCGGUGCCUGUGGGGUGCUGGUGGCCCACCCACUCGACACAAUCAAAGUAUGGCAACAGGCCUCAAAUUCAUCCGUCGUGACAGCCAUUCAACAGAUCUAUAGUCGCAACAAUGGGGUCAACGGCUUCUACAGGGGCAUGUUCUUCCCGUUCAUCUCGACGGGGGCGAUCAACUCACUGCUCUUCGGCAUCUACGGCAACCACCUGCGGCAGCUGAGGAAGGUGUGCCACAGUGAUUACCAGCGGGAGCAGCUGGAGUACCACAACAUGUUCCUGGCGGGCUCGGUGGCGGGAUUCGUCCAGUCCUUCAUCGCCUGUCCCAUGGAACUGAUCAAAGUCCGUCUGCAGACAGCGACCUAUUACAAUGACUACCUAUACGGGCAGCGGCGAACGGCCUUUGGCACUUUCAAAAGGAUACUCAAGACUGACGGGAUCUCGGGACUUUACCGCGGCCUAUUGCCCAUGAUGUGCCGCGACGUCCUGCCCUAUGGAAUCUACAUGCUGGCCUAUCGCCAGGGCGUUGACUACAUGGACAGCCGGGACUUUGUGCGCCGACGACGCAGUCAGUCGGAUGGAUCCAGUGUAAACCUGCUGGUCACCACUUUGGCUGGAGCCUGGGCCGGCGUCAUAUCGUGGGUGUGUGUCAUUCCGUUCGACGUGGUCAAGACGCUGAUGCAGGCGGACGAGAACCACAAGUACCGGGGGAUCUUCCACUGCGUGCGGGUGCAGUACAGGGCCUACGGCUGGAGGAGCAUCUUCCGGGGCAGCUGGAUGCUGGUGGCACGAGCGGUGCCCUUCAACGCGGCCACCUUCCUGGGCUACGAGUCCGCCUUGGAGUGGUGCCAGCGGUGGAACGGGGAUACCUAUGUAUGACCCAGAAGGACCAAUGGUGGUGAUUAAGAGCUUUAACUAGUUUGUAUGCUGUGUACUUUGAUAUCCCCUUAAACGAGUGUGAUGGAAACUUAAUAAACUAUUUAAGCUUUUUCUAAAUUA